CUGUUUUUGUAGUUCGUGGCACGUUAAGGACCAGUUUUUUUUUAACAAAAGCCACAUAAAUGUUUACUAAUUAAUAAAAAAAAGCCAUUAGUUUAGUUCACGUAUAGAAUAGUAAAGCAAAAUAAACAAAAAAUGGAUGUUCCGGCGUUGCAUGCUCCUGUCGCCUGGAAUAAGUCUUUGGACGAAAUGACACCGGAGGAACGUAUGCGCGCCGAACAUCAACUGAUGCACGAAAAGCACAAGGGUCACGAGGCUAUGCAUUCUGAAAUGGUGCUUAUUCUAUUCAUAACUCUAAUUGUGGCACAGGUGAUAUUGGUGGAAUGGAAGAAGCGACAUUACAAAUCCUACUCGGCCAUUACACUGCUUGCGAUGUGGAUAAUACCGCUAGUGAUAUCAAUAUUUUAUAGUUUUAUACGAUUUGUUAUCAUCUGGGCGAUAUUUUCGUGUUUAACUGCAUUUGUUAUUCGAAAAGCUGUAAGCAAGCCGAUACAGCGCACUACUCCAAGAUUAGUCUACAAAUGGUUCUUACUAAUUUACCAAAUCAGCUAUUGUUUGGGUAUUGGUGGUUACCUUGUGAUGAUGGCUACAUUUUUGGGGUUUAAUUUUAUAUUCAGUCAAGCACCGAAUGUUUGGAUGGAUGCAGGACUGAUGUGUGUGUUCUAUGGCCUUUAUAUCGGUGUAUUAGGGCGUGACAUAUCAGAAAUAUGUUCAGAAAAGAUGGCGGUACAUAUUGGGUAUUAUACUCCACAAGGCAUCCCAACCCGUCACCUAGACGAUAAUGUAUGCGCAAUUUGCGGAAACCAGCUUUUGGUUAACGAAAAGGAGGAGGGUCUCUUCGAAAAUACAUACAAAUUGUCUUGUAAUCAUGUAUUUCACGAAUUCUGCAUUCGAGGUUGGUGUAUUGUUGGUAAAAAGCAGACUUGUCCAUAUUGCAAAGAAAAGGUUGAUCUCAAGAAAAUGUUUUGCAAUCCUUGGGAACGACCGCACGUACUUUAUGGACGUUUACUCGAUUGGAUUAGAUGGCUGGUAGCUUGGCAACCGCUCAUUUUCUUCAUAGUACAAGGCAUUAACUGGGCAUUGGGCUUAGAAUAGCAGACGUUAAUAUUUUCUAGUCGUUAACCAACGAAAACAAUAUGUAAAAGAAAUAAAUCACUUGUGGCAGUAUCAUUA